UGGUUCAGAAGACCCAUCGAAUAAGGCUCGGUUGCUCGAAUGCCUUGAAGGUGUGUUGAACAAAGCACAGGACGCACCAAAGUCAAAGAAGGUGCGACCGGUCACCUUACGAGUGCAUUGCCUAAUUUAUGUGGUUCAACAUUCUAAUGCCAAAAACGCUGUUCUUUUCGAAGCUAUUGCGUUAAUUAUCCACAUGGAUAGCGAAGCGAACUUGCUUGUUCGUGCAUGUAAUCAGCUCGGCACAUUCCUUGCUCAUCGUGAAACAAAUCUCCGGUAUCUGGCGCUCGAAUCUAUGUGUCUCCUGGCUACAUCGGAGUUCUCUCAUGAAACUGUAAAGAAACAUCAGGAGACAAUCAUCAACAGUCUCAAGACUGAAAGGGAUGUUUCAGUACGCCAGCGUGCUGUUGAUCUCUUAUAUGCGAUGUGUGACCGAACAAACGCCAGUGAAAUUGUCUCAGAAAUGCUGGCUUAUCUCGAAACCGCAGAUUACUCCAUUAGAGAGGAAAUGGUAUUGAAAGUUGCUAUACUUGCUGAAAAGUAUGCAACAGAUUACACCUGGUAUGUUGAUGUUAUCCUGAAGUUGAUUCGCAUAGCUGGUGACUAUGUGUCAGAGGAAGUAUGGUAUCGAGUCAUCCAAAUUGUGGUCAAUCGUGAAGAUGUUCAAGGAUAUGCAGCGAAAACUGUGUUUGAAGCUCUUCAGAGACCUGCAUGUCACGAAAAUAUGGUCAAAGUAGGAGGAUAUAUCUUGGGAGAGUUUGGCAAUCUCAUAGCCGGAGAUCAGCGAUCGAGUCCACAGAUCCAGUUUGAACUGCUGCAUUCCAAGUUUCCACUAUGUAGCAUCGCUACCCGUUGUCUUCUAUUGACGACAUAUGUGAAAUUCUGCAAUCUCUUCCCUGAAAUAAAACACAUCAUACAGCAGGUUUAUCAAAUUGAUCACAACUUGAGAAAUCCUGACGCUGAACUGCAGCAGCGUGCUAUGGAGUACCUACAAAUGAGCAAGGUUGCUAGCCCUGAUGUUCUUGCCACGAUUCUCGAAGAAAUGCCGCCAUUUCCUGAGAAAGAAAGCAGCUUACUUGCAAAACUAAAGAAGAGUAAACCACAGGUUGAAGAGUUGGAAAACGUUGAAAAGGAGAGAAAAACUCGUCCCGCUGUGUCAUCCAAGCCUCUGGUACUCUUGUUGAUUUCUCGCAGCCUGGGGGAAACGGAGGAUCAAGGUCAAGAAAUAGUCGACUUUCACUUUCUUUCAAGCACGAAAUGUGGUUACUUGACGUUGGAAGCUAAUUUUGGGUCUUUCAGCUCACUUGUUGAUAUCUUCGGACAACCAGGGGCACAAGCUCCAACUCAAGCUCCUGUUGGUUCGCCUACUCCAGGAGAUGACAUGGACAUAGCGAAUAAGCAUGAUUAUCUU